UGCUCUAUGGUCAUAAUUCUGAUUGUAAAUCAAUGCCUUUGUGCAUGAUGUGGCCUUUUCCAUAAUUUUCUUCCUGGCAGCUAUUAAUUUUAUUCAUGCUCAAAGUGAAAGACUGACCUUAAAAGCAAAUUUUCACUCUCUGCGCUCGACAUGUGACCAUAUGCCCGAAAACUAUUGUGUGUGUUGCCUUCUGUAAACCUUCAGGAAAAGCAUUUUGAGAGAUAAUUUUCGGAGGACCAGCAUCAUCAUAGGGAUUAUUGAAAUCUAUUAUUUAAUAGGGUCACCGCCACCUUCCUUAGAAAAGUCAGGCUGAUCCAACGAAUUAAUGCAGCCUUUGGAGGGCAACCUGUCUUUCUCUGACUUUUGGCGCUGGGGCAGCCAGGCAGAGCGGAGGCGCGGCGCGGCGCGGCGGCGCGGCUCGCCGGCUGUCCUGAUUGUGAGUGGGAGGCUGGCGGGCCCGGCUGGACCAUUGGACUGGACAUGCCUCGGGGGGACGCAUCGAGAUCGGGGGCCGUCCUUAAGGUGAAGCUUUGAAGCUUUGGCCGAAAAGUUUUCGAAAGGGGCUGGAAGGUGUGAGAAUAGUCUUAUAUAACUACGUCUUGCUGUGGAGAAGCUCCUACAAACCCUUUGGUUUGAAUAUUGAGCAAUGGGCUGAUCAAUUAAUUGGUUUUCACAUUGUGAAAACAUCAGUAGGGCCCGAUCAUUUCCCUGUGGUUUGACGGGCACUUAUUAUUUUCUUUCUCUGAAAUCAGCCCUCUUCUACGCACAAACUUUUCAUUGUUUUGACACAAUGGCUCUCUGAGAUUUGUAAGACGCGGAGGCGGGUGGCGCGGCGUAGUGUGACAUCGCGGACAAGGAGCGGAUGGACACGGUGCUAGAUUGGCUGACCACUUGUGUCAGGCCAGGCCGGGGCAAGCCAGGGCGCCGAGCUGCCCCGUCACGGCCGCGGGGGCCCUCCUGGGAGUGGGAGUGAGAGAGAGCGAGUGGACAGGGCCGCCGUAGGCCGCCGGGGGGCAAGCAGUCGGGCUGCUGUCGGACCGCGACAGUCCAGUCUUUCGCUGGCGAAGUGCAGUGCGUUUGCGUCCCGCCGGCCCGCUUCUUCCCUCGACGUGGACACCUCGAGGUGGAAGCGAGCUGACCGCGUAGGGCAGGAGGCAGUCGCACCCCCGACCCUUGACCCCACGGCCCGGCCAUGUGGAGGCAGUUCGUGGCGCAGCUGCAGCACCGCGGCCGCCAGCUGCAGGCCCGCUGGCACGAGCGCCGCGCCCGCAGGCGGUACCUGCGCCGCGAGAAGCACCGGCGCAGGGCGGAGCGCGCCGUGCGCUCGUACGCCGCGUUCGCCCAGAGCUGCGCCCGCACCACGGCCUCGCUCUUCGUCGAGGGGAGCAGGGCGUUCAGCCACUACAUGGCCCCGGACCUGAUCCCGGAGGUCCCCGAGGACACUAUGAUGCUAAGCCAACAGAUGCUGCAGGCGAGGUAUGCCGAAAACCAAAGAGUCAGAGGCGUGCUGGGUGAUAGUGCUGCAGAUCCUGACCUUGACCAAUUCUUGGAAGACGAACGUAUUGCUUUGUUCCUUCAAAAUGAGGAGUUUAUGGCCGAGCUGAGAUGGAACAAAGAUUUUUUAACUGCUCUUGAGAAAGAGCAUUGUGCUGAGUCUCCAACAGGUGAAUUACCUUACAAAUCAGCUAGUGGACUGCAUGAUGACGAUUUAUUUAGGGAGCGUCUUCGAAACAUGGGAAAAUUGUCACGUAAAAAGUUUGCUCAACUAGCGCGAAUGUUUACCGGGCGCAAGAAACGAAGUGCUAAGCAAAUUCUUGGCCACAGUGCAGGCCCUUCCAAAGAUUCACUUCUUCUGAACUCUGAGCCCCUUCUCUCUGCAGACGAUGAGGAUAAUGAGGGUGACCAUUCUCAAGACAAACAUCGUGAAGGGAGUCAUCUGUAAAGGACAGAAGCGACUGCACUUCCUGUUGUGAUAGAGUAAUAAUUUUUAAGUAUAAGCUUGAAUUAUUGUUCACCAUACUGACUGAAAAGGUAACUUUAUUGAUCUGCUGAAACUCAGUCUUAAGGUGCUCCUACAAUAAACUUUCCCCAAUGGGACGCGAGCUAGACGCGAGGUGCAGACGCUUUCCUGCCCGACGCUCCGGCACGGGCGCUCUGGGCGGGCCGCCGACUUUACAGAGCUGCUUGACGGGCUGGCCUACCCAGCGCGUAGCAGGCGUUGUCAUAAACGUUCCCUUGUGAAAUGUUCAUUGUGGGUUCACCUUCCACAGAGACCCUUACAAAAGAUGUUUUUAUUUAAAUUUGAGAUCUUAUUACUGAUAUUUAUUUAUGCUGUGUACUCUUUAUUUUAGUUAAUACUUGAAAAAUGAUAGAAUUAUAGAUAACUUAAUUUGUCACAUUUCAAUUUCGUUUUUAUUGUUGUAUAGUACUUAGGAGAAACUUUGUACUUGAUUUCCUUUGAAAAGAAGUUCUUUGGUGAGUUAAGUCAGCAAUUGUAAUCUUGAUGAGAAAGGGACUGAUUAUAUAACAGUCUGAAAGUCCAUUCUAUGUCAUAGAUUUCAAAAUAGCAAGCUCUGGAAUCUGCUGUUACAUUUAAAACUUCAUUUGUUCAACUUGUAAAGUGUGAAUGGCACAUAUCCCUCUUUUGUGGUUGGUGAGAUAUUUUCGGUCUUUGAAUUUCUUGAAGUGUAUGAAAAGAUCUGUGAAAAAGUCCCCUCUCUUCUAUUCUUUGUCAUGGGAAACUCACUCCUUUGAAUGCCUUGUGCAAAUCAAAGUUGUGGUUUGUAGUCCAUCAGUAAUCUAUCUAUUCCUAUAUUUACUUGUUGACUUUGUUAAGUUGUGCCUGAAUGUUUUGAUUUGAAGGCACAUAAUAGCACUCAUCAUAUCGUACAUAGCUUAUUUGUGGCUUGUCUGGUGCUUAAUAAUUUACUACUUUUAAGAAACUCAUACCAAAAAGGACAAGUGUGUCAUUUACCCCCUUACACUUGUCAACAUAUUAGGUACAUGCUGAAUAUUUUACCAUACUCCAUACUAGUCAUUGUUAAAUUUGUUUAUCAUAUAUAUUUUAUUUUGUCCUUAAUCAUCUGAAGAGAUUUUAUCCAAGCUCAGUAGUACCUGCAGGGAGACUCUCAUUCUGUUUUGCAGAAGUUAAUAUUCUUUACUUUACACACAUUUGCUUUAUCUUGUUACCAUUUUUUCAUUUUUCUCUCAUAUUGCUUUCUAUGAUUAGUUAUUAAUUUAUUUGUUACACUUUUGAAAUAAAUGCUCUUUUAUUUCUUAUGUUGGUCUUUAUGGUAAUGAAUAGGGUGUGAAGUUUUUGUUAAACUUAAAAUGCCUUUCUAUUUGUCAUGUCCAUUAGAGUUAAAUUUGUAUCAUCAAUCAAUAAUUGUUGACCCUUCUUGAUGUGUGGUGCCAAGGGAAAUUAGGAAGUGUCUUGUGAAUUUGUGAUACAUAAUUGUUGAUGGCUUCUUAGCGUCCAUUUUUAGGUAGAUACUUUGUUAAUGUUUGUAUUCUUUUAAGCCAUAGAGGUUUAUCACUUGUCAUAAGUUGUUCGUUGGCCUUUUCCAUUCAGAAGAUUUUUUUUCUGUUUGUUUUUUUGAAAGUCAAUAACUGAAUGAUGAAAUAGGAUCAUAAGUCAGUCAAAGGAAUUCUCUUAUCGCUUAACAUAAUUUAUUUGUAGUGAACCUUUAUACAUAAGUUGAAAUGUCUAGAGGAGUACUCAGCUGAUAAAGAUUCACAUUCUAUUAUGAUCUAUUGUAGAUUACAUUUUGUAUAAAAUAGGUAUUUGAAAAUGUUCCAAAGAGCUGACUUUGACCUUACAUAAAAUUGAAAAUAAAUAACUAUUCCAAUUUA